AUGGAUGGGACCGGGUCAACGGUAGUCAUCUAUAAAACAGAAGCCGGCGAACGUUUGGUGCUGAAGGAUGUUGUACCGAUUGUGGAGGGCGGUCGUAGUGGGAAGAGUGGCCGUAUACACCCAUCCAAUCCUUUGGUCCGAAUUGCCCGAAACGUUGAUGAAGCUGUGCAUUUGCAGCAACAUCAUUGCAGCACUGCAAGUGGAAGGGUAAUGAUAAUUGAUGAACCACCACCGGUUGGUGCAAGUUUUGGGUCGAUGUCGGAUGGGAUCGAUUGUAACACGACCGUAACCGCACCGGCAGGUGCUGAAACAACGGUAGACACGUGGGCAAAAAUAUUGCUCCACUCGACGCCUGGUGAAGGAUCAUCUAAAACCAAUCCAACUUCUAACGAUAUGCUUGCACCGGUGCAAACUUCCAAUGACGUUGCUGGAGGAAAAUCAUCGGCUACACACAACUAUCAUCUGCGGUUUCACGUAAAGAUGCCAGCACAAAGCAACAAACCUGCAUAA